AUGUGGGCACAUUGCAUCAUUCUCUGUGAAAGUGUGUCUGAGAUUGUGGCAAUGUCUACGAGAGGAAAGGGCGCUGGUGGGAAAGCUCGCUCGAAGGCGAAAUCCCGAUCGUCCCGGGCUGGCCUGCAGUUCCCGGUGGGCCGUGUUCACAGGCACCUGAGAAAGGGUAACUAUGCUGAGCGUGUGGGUGCCGGAGCGCCAGUCUAUCUGGCUGCGGUGCUCGAGUAUCCGACGGCUGAAAUCCUCGAGCUGGCCGGUAACGCGGCCCGGGACAACAAGAAGACCCGCAUCAUCCCCAGGCACCUCCAGCUGGCUGUGCGCAACGACGAGGAGCUCAACAAGCUGCUGGGAGGGGUGACCAUCGCUCAGGGUGGGGUGCUGCCUAAUAUCCAGGCCGUGCUGCUGCCCAAGAAAACCGCCGCUGGGGGCGCCGCUAAAAAGUGAAGAGACCGUUAUUUCAUCUGACGACCCAAAGGCUCUUUUAAAGCCACCCACCGCGUUUGUGAAAGAAACUAGACUCUCACCACUGCCGAGUUAAUUUUAAUUUCCUUUGUAUUACUGAGAGACCGUUAAAACAACAUUCACCCCGCCAUUAUUGUUAUUGUUAAUGAGCUAUAAUCGCCUGCACGGAUUGUAUCCAUGCGGCAGUUUCUUGUAAUUGCACUGGAAAGAUCUGACACCGGUGGAGGAACACCAAUAAGUUUAGAAAUUGGGAAAUAAUGACCCCGGUAGCCGCAAAGCGAUUCAGUACAAGAAGGUGUGGAGCUGGAUGAACACAGCAGGCCGAGCAGGAAGGCUGACGUUUCGGGCCUAGACCUUCCUUCAGAAAAAUCCUGCUCCUCUGACGCUGUUUGGCCUGCUGUGUUCAUCCAGCUCCACACGUUGUUCUCUCAGAUUCUCCAGCAUCUGCAGUUCCUACUAUCUCUGAAGCGAUUCAGUAUCUCUUGACAUGAUGUAUUCGACCAGAUAAAACUAUUUGCAGUACUGUACCCCCUCCGCAUAUGCUGCCUUUCCUCUUCUCGGGUCUCCGCUCUCAAUGUAGGGUUUUGGGUGGCUCUGAAGAGAGAAUGGAGGUUGUAUGUUUCGCGCUGAAGCUGUUGUUGAACGUGUGCUGUAUUUUGUG